AUGAGCAAUCCGAGUCGAAUGGGAGACUAUGCCCGAUAUUCAGGUGACUAUGACGGGGUUGUAAACCAAACAGACGGUUCAUUUGCUGCUAAGUGUGAUGCAAACAACCGCUGGUGGUUUGCUCCCGCAUGUCGUCACAAUUCCUCAGCAUGUAUCCCUGUCUUCACGGCCGGGACCGGUUGGAAGGUGCAGGCCAUGAUGCAGUGGUCAACUGCAUAUGGAAUUCCAGCUGCCAUUGCAGUCUCGGGUGGGUGGUCUUUGUUCGUGAAGCACGUGCAGACUUUCCGAGCUCUUCACUACUGGUGGGUUCCAGAUUCGACCUUCAUCGACAUGUUGCCCGAGCAGUUGAUUUUUGCCCGGCACAGUGCCAACGAAUGGCUCGCUGGAGACAAGAAGACCGGAGGCCUUGGAAGCUAUGUGUCCAAGAUGGUGAGCAACAACUUACGGUCCAAGGCUGGCAGAGUGCGAGAGUUCGUCUCCAACAUGAAUUUCGAGCUACCAGAAAUCCAAAAUCUUCUUUUGGAGUACAAGGAGUCGGGGUCAGCCCUCAAUGUUUCUUGCAAGUGGAUGCAAGACAAUCGAGCCAGGUGGUCGGCCUGGAAACCAAAGUUGACCAGCUGCUACGAAGGCUUUGGAUUGGUUGACGCCUCCGGAGCUUUUGUCCCCAACAGGACACUGGCCGUUGGAUGCGGCCUGUGCCAGGCAGGAACUGCAUCUGAGGAGCUCAUUGAUGAUGAGGGAAGGACCUUCCAAUGCAAACAAUGCCCUCCUGGCUACAGUCAAUCAAACACUUACUCCACCCAAUGUGAGCCGUGUCCAAAGGGCACUUCAGCCAGCAGUUUUGGGAGCACAACGUGCACUCCAUGCGAUGAAGGAGACUAUCAACCAGAUACAGCUCAGACCUCGUGCAUCUCUUGUGGUGCUUCCCGAACGACCCUGUUGUUGGGUGCAUCAUCUCUCGCAGAUUGUGUGUGCCAGGCGGGGAAAAUCGAGCAGGAUUCCACUUGCAUGGAUUGCAAUGAGGAAAGCAUGCAUUGUCCAAAAGGAAGCACUAUUGCAAAGCUAGAAGCAGCUUCCGGAACCACGGACUUGAAGGGUCCCUACGUGAAGAGGGGCUUCUUCAGCAAUCCAGAAGCACCUCUUGACACUUACAAAUGCGCUGCGGAGCUCUAUUGUCCCGGUGGUUCUCCAGGUGUUUGCUUCGGAGACCGUGAAGGUUUGACUUGUGGUGACUGCGCUGAUGGGCAUUAUUGGGCUUCCAACAAAUGCGAACCCUGUGGAGCUGUGCCAGCUGCAUGGGCUUUCUCCGUGACAAUGGUCGUGGUUGGAGUCUGUGGCUCUUACUAUAUGCUAACAUCGAGCUAUACAGCGAAGGCCAGUGUGAUGAUGUCCACCACCGCAGCCUUGGGAAUGCUAGUGGCCUUAUUCCAGAAUUUGGGUGUUUUGAACACAGUCGCUGUUCAGUGGCCAGAUGGCUUGCGAGAUAUCCUGAACUUUGCCUCAGUUUUUACUUUCAACCUUGAUGCUCUUGGCUUUAGUUGUGCUGCAGGAGGCAAUGUGGCCCGCUAUGUGAGCACAGCCUCGUUCUUUUGGGUAGUGUUUCUUGCGCUGCCCACAGUUGGUUUGCUCACGAACUUCAUUCCAAUUCUGAAGCGCCGAAAGCUAGCGUGGGAGAAGAACAAGACCAUCAGUACGACGGGGCAAUUCUUGCAGGUCGGCUUCACAACCAUGUGCAAUGUCGGCCUCAUGCCGUUCAUGUGCUAUCGACAUCCUACCGGUCAAUCGAGCAUCUUGAAGUACCCGAAUGUCUUCUGCCGCACUGAUGACCACGUGAUCAUGCGGGUUUUUGGAGCUUUGGUGAUCUUGUUGGCCUUCACGUUCUUCUCAGCAGCUUGCUAUGCGGCCUAUCAAGCGCCCAGGUGGUCUGGCAAACCAAGGCUGGCGGCCAUUCGCUUCUUGAUCUUCCGCUUCCGGCCCAACGUAUGGUAUUUUGGCUUGGUCCUCUUGGCUCGAGGACCCUUGCUGUCCAUGCCAGGUGUGAUCGCGACCAACAUGCCCAGCUUGCAACUUACGCUGAUGCACAUGAUUCUGCUUGGAUCUUUUUGCGUUCAAUUGUGGUUCCUGCCUUGGAAGUCCCCAAUCCUGAACCUGGUCGAUGGAUUGUCAGUGUCGCUCCUCGUGAUGCUUUUGGCAGGGUCGCUUGGAUAUGCCGACAGCAGCGGGGAAGACGCUGCACGUGUUCUAUCUCUCUUCGGCACCGUCAUCUCCUCUUUGAUGGUCGUCAUCCUCGGAGGGAUGGUGAUGCUUGGCCUGACCGCUCUCAUCUACCGCUCGGCGCUGGGCAGUUCAAAGGAAUUGCGCAUCAUGAACCUGGGCAAGGUCCCACAAGAGAAGGAUGUCUUUCAAAGUCUCCUGGACGUGGCGACUUUCCUCAAGGAAGAUGGACAAGGCAAGGAGGCGACCUUCAUCAAGGACUUGAGCAAUCUCUCAACAUAUGACAUUGGCACCAUCACUCGUGCGAUCCACAUUUUGGCUGAUGACUUGAAUAUGGUCGUUAGCCAGAACGGCAGCAUGCGCAAGAGCUCCUCCCGGCGCAUCGCGACCGGAACACGCACCUUCAGGACUCAGGGCCUUGAAGGAACAUGUGGGCACCAAAAACUAAAACCAAACGGAAGAUACGCUAAUAGUCGUGGGGAGUAG